AUGGUUCGCCUUGCUGCGGCUGCUGCGCUACUGGUGGUGGGCUGGCUGGCUGUGGUCGCGGCUGCUGCCGGCACAACGACGGCCACCCGCCCCGCCCUCGCUGAGCGCUACGGGCCGUGUGUCCAGCCGGCAGCGUGGCCGUCCAACUCUGAAUGGGACUUGGUCGAGGUGACAGGGACCUACAGUGGCGGCGGCACAUUCUACGGCGCGUGCAAGGUUCACGCACAAUCUGGCGGUUCGGGCGGCCCGACGUGUGUCGAGUCCGGCUUUGGAACAGUCGAGGUGUACGUGACCAAUCUUGACGGCACGUUCAACACGCGAGCCCGUCCGGACCUGGCCUGCGGCGACAGUCAGAACGAGAUGUUCCCAGGUCUUGUCUCGCUUCGAAGCUCGGCGGACGUCAUUGCCAUCUUUACUGAUUGGAGCAAUCCCGGCCGAUCAAACUCGGCCGCCCGUAUCACGCCUACUGGCGCGGUCACUGCCGGCGCGACCAACUUCUUCACCACCUCGGCCGACCGCUGGCGCGGCGACGAGCUGUACGACGGCACCAUCCUCGCCGCUUCACGCUACGCGUAUGAGCCGCGCGUCGGAGCCGUCCGGUUGUCGAGCAACGUUGCCACGGUGCUCAACGAGGUCCGGUUCUGCGACCCGUGCGAGAGCACCGUCAACUCGGUUGACGUAGCCGCCCUUCCCAGCGGCGGCUUUGUCGCCGUCUGGGCUCUCGUCUCGCACUCGGCCGACGGCGAUGCUGGAGCUGCCUUUAUCCGCAAGUACGCCAACGACAUGACGCCGCUCACACCCGAGAUGCUGCUCCCCGAGUCGCCUGUCGGCGAUCAGGGCGACGUGCGGGUUGCCGUCACUGCCGCUGGCACCAUCGUUGCCACUUUUGCGUCCAGUGGUGUCGACGGCUCCGGCUUCUCGGUGCAAGCUCGUGUCUUUGACUCGGACCUCAACCCGAUCGGCCCAGAGGUGACUCUCAACUCGGUGAUUCCUGGCUCCCAGAACCAGCCGUCGAUCACCGCGCUCCCUGGUGAGAUUGUGUUUGUCGGCUGGCAGUCAGACUCGGAGCUCGCGGCACGCAAGUUUGUAAUUGACGCCUCGGAUCCGCUCACCCAAACUCCGCUCAUUCCGCUCUCGUCGGACGUACCGCUCACCUCGGGCGGUACCUUUUCUGUGUCGGUCAAUCCGUCCAUGGACGCCCGUCCGGCGUCGAAUUCGCCCGUCACAUACAACUCGGUCAUCACUGCCGUAGUCGAUGCGCCGACCACGCGAAGCAUUCACAACUAUCGCUGCGAAGUCAACACGCCCGACGUCACCGUCGAUUCUGCCGCCUGCGCUGGCUGGGGCCAGACGCCGUUCACCAUGGCAUGCCUUGCGCAUGCGCUCACGGUUGUCGGUCAAGUCGACGCCAACAUUCUUGUUGACGCUUCGGCGACCUGGACUGGCUGUCUUCCGGGCGACGGCUUGCUGGUCACAAAGUCGGUCGCCAUCCGGCCGCUGGUUGCGGGCACUACGCUUGUUGUUGACUGCGCCGGCUCCGGCCGCGCCUUUACCGUCAAUGGCGACUCGAUGGCUGAUGCGAAUCACCGCGCACGCUCGGUUGCCUUUGCUGACAUGGUGAUCCUCAACGCGGUGGCGCCGGCUUUGGGCGGCGUAGGCGCCGGCUCAGGCGGCGGCAUUGUGGUGGCCAAUACCCUGGCUGUCGGCCCGGCCGUCUUUCUCGACAACGUUGAGUUUAUUGGCUGCUCGGCGCCCGCCAAGGACGGCGGCAGCCUCGCGUUCAUAGAUACUGCCGGCGUCCACACCCGCAACUUGACGAUUUCGAACUCGAGCGCUGGCGGUAACGGCGGGUGCCUCUCCAUGACCUCGUCGGCCUCAUCGCAAGUCUCGAUCUUUAGCUUGCUGCUGGAGGACGCACACCUUUCGAGCUGCACCGCCGUGAAUAAUGGUGGGGCCAUUUAUGUCAACCUGGUGUCCGACAUUCUCCCGCCGCUUGUCUUCCGCCGUUCCACGCUCACAGGAUGCAGCGCAGGCGGCUCUGGCGGCGGUCUUUGGCUGACCUCGCUCCGGGCCAAGGGUCUUAAGCUUGGUCCGGCCCUCAAGCUCACUGCCAACACCGCGAGCGGCUCCGGCGGCGGCAUCUACGCCAUCGACGUGCUAACUGAGCUCGACCUGUCGGACGUGAGGAUCAGCGACAACACGGCAUCGAUCGACGGUGGCGGUAUUUACUUUACUCGCACCAAGACCGUCAAGGCGCUCCUGAAGGUCUCGCGUGGCAGUCUCCUCGCCGGCAACUCAGCGGCAGGCAGUGGCGGCGGCCUCUACAUUUAUGAGAACAACAUGCGGCUGGAAGGCCCUGUCAGCAUUGCGGGCAACACUGCGAGUACCAAUGGCGGUGGCCUUUACUCGUUCUCCAACGCUGUUGUUACUCCGCCGACCCUAGAAACCAGCGGCACCGUGAUCAUCUCGGACAACGCGGCACAAGGCGGCGCUGGCUGGUACCUCUCGGGGAGCAACAUUCGCCUCCGCAGUGGGCUGGUGUUCUCCGGUAACUCGGCAAGCGUCAGUGGCGGAGGCUUGUUUGCCACAGGUCGCUCGCUUGUCGUUGUCGAGAACAGCAACACCACGUCGGUGAUCAUGACCAGCAACACGGCCAGCAACGGUGGAUCGAGCAUGUUCUUCUGCCUCUUUUCAUCGACGUGCGGCCAGAGCGUGUGCGAGAUCGGCAAGUCGGUCGAUUCGUCGCUGCAGGCUGCCAACACAAGCUCGCCCUCGGUCUAUACCCCGUACUCGGCUUGGGCAUCCCGCCCAGACCCUGUAGCGCCACUUGUCAUGGCUGGCACCUUUGCUACCGACGCGGCGUCGAUUGCUAUUGUGGCACCGAACCUGCCCGACUCUAUCUCGACCGGCAGCGUGCUUGUUGGCAGUGCUUUGGCCGACGGCGCGCUCGUUUCGCUCACCUUUCCUGCCGAGGGCGACUCGUUGUUGCUACCGGCUGUGACGACCCGGUCAGUGUGCUCGAUCGACCCGGCUACCGGCUCGUGCGCGUUGGGGCCAAUCCGGGCGUCGGCGCCGGCGAUCGCGGCACUCGGCCAGCGCUACCGAAUCUCGGCCCAGCUUGUGGCGGCACCGUGCAUGACUGCGACCUCGACCGUUUCGUUUGCCAUCACUGGUUGCACAUCAGCGGCCGAGGAGGCUGUCGAGGAGGACAACACCGUGGUCUGCGUGGCGCAGUGCGGAGUAGGCCAGAAGAUUGUCUCGGUCAUGUCAGGCGGCGAGGUGGAGUCCUCGCGCUGCGAGCCAUGCGAGGCCGGAACCGUCCAGCCGCUGGAGGGCCACACUCAGCGUGACUGCGAUGCCUGCCUGAUCGGCACCUACGCCUUUGCCGGCGAAGCAAGCUGCUUGCCGUGUCCGGCGGGUGCCGAUUGCGGCUCAUCGGGCAAGUUUCUGCACGCCAAGAAGGGCUACUGGUUUCCCAGCCGUGGCAGCAACAGCACUGGAGGAGGUAGCGGGAGCAGCAGCGAGACGAAUGCGACGUCGCUUGCGGCGGGUGUUGGCGUAGCGGGCGCUAGUGGUACUGACGCUGCGACGUCGACCGCUCUCCAUGUUCCGCUCUUUUAUAGGUGUGAUCCGCCCGAGGCCUGCAAUGGCGGCCCAACGUAUGAUUCGUGCCGGGUUCCAACGUACAAGCAGGGAUCGUUCCUCUGCGCCAAGUGCGGCGACGACUAUGCGCGCAUCGGCCGGACGUGUGAACCGUGCUGGCCCAAGUGGGCGCUAUGGACAACUUUGGUCAUAAUUAUCGGCGGCGGCAUUGUCGGUGUGGUGUUUAUUGUCAAGGUCGGCUCCGCGGCGGCGCGCUCGCAUUUGAGCGAUGACCGCCUGUCCGCGGCCAAGUCUGGAAGUCGGCGGACCGCCAAGGUCUCACCGCUGGCGUCUUCGUCAUCGACUUGUUCGUACGACGAACAAGAAGAGUCUACUGACCUUGAUGCGGUCAGUCUUGAGCGCAAUGGUCCCGCAGACGAAGCGCUGACGGUGGCGGCUGGCAGCCGCACGGUGGCACUCAAGAUCAUGAUCACGUACUUGCAGACACUGUCGCUCGCAAGCGUGUUCCGGGCGCAGACGUCAGACGUCAUCCGAAACAUUGGUGCGCUCAUCGGCGGGUUUACCCAGCCAUCGCUCUCGUUCCACACCUUUGUGUGCCUCUUUGGCCGUCUCUCGGUCUACUCGGACUUUGUGUUGACCAUGGCGAUGCCGGUAGUCAUCGCGGUUGCGGUGGGCAUGGCCUCGCUGGUAGUGACGCGCUUGACGCGCGAUGCCACCAAGCGAGCCCAUCGGUCGAUGUACUGCGGACAAGCCGGCAUUAUUCUCACCUUUUUGGUCUAUCCGGUCCUGGUCCGCACCACGCUCUCGAUGUAUCACUGCAAGUCGUUUGUAGGCAUCGAGCAUUCGCGGCUGGUCUCGGACUUGGAAGUCGAGUGCUUUGUGGGGAGGCACGCGCAGUACGCCGGUAUCGCCGCUAUCUUUGUCGUCCUGUACGUCAUCGGCAUCCCUGUGGGCGCGCUGCUGCUCAUGAUCCGCGAUCGCCGCAAGCUCGGCGUCGACAUGUUCGAAGCCAAGUGGGCGUUUGUUGUCGCUGGCUAUGCGCGCAACCUGUGGUGGUAUGAGUUUGUGAUCCUCUUCCGCAAGGUCGUCGUUGUCGUCCUCGUCGUCUUUGCCUCGUCGGCGUCGGUGCAGGUCACCCUUGGUGCCACGCUCUUGGCCAUGGCUCUUGCCAUCCAUCUCGAGCUCGCGCCUUACCUCCGUGCUGAGUUUGACAAGGCCGAGUGUCUGGCCCUCGCUGCCCUCUCCGCCACCCUGGUUGGCGCAAUCACCCUGGUUGAGGGUGCCCAGGGCACCGAUCAGGUCCAGAUCAACCUUGUUGUCACGGUUGUCGUCGGCCUCAAUCUCGCCCUCAUCGGAUAUCUCGCAUUGCUGGCGAUUCGCAAGUCAGCGUCUGGUGCCAGGAACUAA